GGGCCCGGGGCUCCCAGCGGCUGCCAGACGCCUGGCAGGCGUCCUGCCUCCACACAGCUGGCCCUGGUCCCGCUCCCCCAGCCCUUGGGGGGCUGUGGGAGGCUCCUCGGGGCAGGCCACACGGGCUACUGGGUGCUGACCUGCAACCGGGAAGGACCCAAACCCCGCCUGGAGUGGGGACUCAGGACUGGGGGGCCAGUGCCCCUCAGAGGGGAGGCCUGUGCAGCUGGGGGGCUGGCGGUGGGGGCGGGGUUCCUCUGGGCCCGGGGGUGAGGCUGAGUGGGGCCUGGCAGGAGCCCCUGAGUGGGGACAGUGGGUGCUGCAGCAGGCUUGGGCCUGAGACCCCCCAGGCUGGGGAAGAGACCCAGAGUCCGAACGCAGCGCUAUACGGGAAGCGAGAUGGCCCUGCCGGGCCUGAAGCCCCCUCCACCGGCUUACUUCCUCCAACCUUGGUGUAACAUGAUGCGCAGCGGUCCCUCCCACCUCCGAGGACCAGCCCAAACAAAACAGUCAGGAAACGAAACUACUGGGCAGGCCCGCCCCCCAGGCCCCGUUGCUCCUGCCUAUAUCCGGACCUCAUCUGCACCUGCUCUGCCUCCGGGAACACACAUCUCGAUCCUGCUCCUUUGCUUCAGCGCUUGGUUCCCUCUGCGCCAGAGAUGAUCAAGGAGGAGCACGAGGUGGCCGUGCUGGGGGCGCCCCAGAGCCAGGGGCCCGUGCUGGGGGCGCCCCAGAGCCAGGUGGCCAUGCUGGGGGCGCCCCAGAGCCAGGCGCCCGUGGCGACCACGGUGAUCAACAUCCGCAGCGACACCGCCGUGCCCGACCACAUCGUGUGGUCCCUGUUCAACACCAUCUUCAUGAACUGGUGCUGCCUGGGCUUCGUGGCGUUCGCCUACUCUGUGAAGUCUAGGGACCGGAAGAUGGUCGGCGACAUCACUGGGGCCCAGAGCUACGCCUCCACCGCCAAGUGCCUGAACAUCUGGGCCCUGGUCCUGGGCGUCUUUCUGACCAUUGGAUCGAUCGUUGUUCUUGUGUUCGUCUUCGUGGCAGUCUACAGUAUGGCUUUGGAGAUAAUGAGAAAUAGAGGCUACUAGCCGCUGUCCGUGGAGGCGGCCCAGGGCCUCCACCGUCCUUGGUGGCUUUGCACCCGAGGCAUGGGCCCGCCCCGCUCCCAACCCGUAGGCAGCAGUUUAUAGACACAGAUUGUCAACCGCUGAAUCAAUAAAGUGCCCUUGUCUGUGAA